AUGAAUUCUUUCUACGGGAGCGUAGUCCCGGCCCAUAUGCCCAUGGGUGGGGGUCAGACUGAAACUUUUUAUGGUCCGGAGGGGAAGGCGGCGGACAUUUCUGGCUACCAGGCGCAACCUCAGAACAUGUGUUACGACCAUGAAGCAAUGUACGGCGGAAUGACGAACAGUUACCCGGGUUUCCACCAAAGUUACGAAAAGCUCGAUCCCGGGCACCACGGGCGCGCGAUGAACCUUUCCGGGAAGCAGUUUCCUGCGUACGGCAAUAACGGAUACUAUUUUCAUCAUCAGAAUUCGUCGAACAACAUUUACAGCUCGUGCAAUGUGAACACAAACAAUAACGUGAACAGUCAAUCCCCGACAGGGAUCCCUAGCCAUUACACUUCUACCGACCAGCGGCAUAUUCAAGACCGGUUAGGGAAAUCAGAGUAUCUAAAACACGAAGACAAUUGUAUACCUACACCGCCUCCUAAUAAUUUCUCUCCCCACGAACACAAUUUUAAUCAUAUAAACAAUAACCCGUCGUCUCACCACGGACUAUCGCCGACGGAAAUGAUGCAUAAUAAUAUAAACACAAGCCCGACGGGUAUGCCGACGCAUUGUAAUGGAAUGAUGGGUAAUCCGUACCCCUGGAUGCGACAACUACCAGCGGAGAUCACCUACGAACAAAAGCGCACGCGGCAGACGUACACGCGUUACCAGACGUUGGAGUUGGAAAAAGAGUUCCAUUAUAACCGCUACCUUACCCGCCGGCGACGGAUAGAGAUCGCGCACAUGCUCGGUCUCUCGGAGCGCCAGAUAAAAAUAUGGUUCCAAAACCGGCGGAUGAAGUGGAAAAAGGAAAACAAUAUCCCGAAACUGACUGGUCCGGACCGGUCCAAACCGGAAAAUGACUCCGAUAGACCACGUGAGAUGACAUCAUCUUUACUUGAUGACGUAGACGAAGCUUCGUGCUCCCCUUGAGGAAAAGUGGAAACAAAUCGAAGCGGAGAACGCAUGCGCCGAAGUAAGAAAAUAACGUGAAUUUGAAAAAUAUAUUUGAAGACGACAAUGCUAGAAAGCGUGAAAGUAAAGCGGAUUUCAGUAGGGUUCUUUUUGUUAAGA